CUGGGCUGCACAUAGUAAUUUUAGAUUUGCACAAAAUGGAAAUUAUUUCAUCAAAAUGGUUCAUUUUAUUGACUUUAGCCACUUCAAUCUUGUUAACAUCAAAUAUCUUUUGUGCAGAUGAAUUAACAAUGGGACAUCUUCACAGGAAAGAAAAUUAUGAGAAAUGUUCCAAGCCUAGAGGAACCCCAAAAGGAGAAAAGAAAAGUUUCAGUUUUCAAGAAUUAAAAGACUGGGCACCAAAAAACGUCAUUAAGAUGAAUACACCUGCAGUCAACAAAAUGUCACACUCUGCAGCCAACUUGCCACUGAGAUUCGGGAGGACCGUAAAAGAAGAAAGAAGCUCGGGAGGUCCAGUCAACCUGCUUCUGAGAUCUGGAAGAAAUAUGGAGCCGAGCAUCUCCAGACAUAUUCCUAACCUUCCCCAAAGGUUUGGGAGAAUGACAACAGCCAAAAGUGUCACUAAGACACUGAGUGAUUUGUUUAGACGAUCCAUGCAUUCACUCUCUGCCAAUGAGUUACUUCACUGCAUGACCUGCCAGAGUCAAGAAAUCUAGAAUCUUGAUUAAAAAAAAAA